GCAGCCGCCGCGAAAGAGGCUUCGGCGGGCAGCGCUGCAGCGGUAGCGGAGCUGGAGAUGGCGCUGGUGGCCGAAUCCGCACGCGUCCUCGAGGAAGUGCAGCGCCGUGAGAAGGCUGCGGCAGUCCACCGCUCCGAGCUACAGGAGCUGCAUUCUCAACUUGAGGCGGGGUAUGCCUGCCAGCACCGUGCUAAUGCGGAAAAUGCUGAUCUACAGGUCGCACAGCGCACCGCACAGGAGCAGCUCGUGCAGCUCUCCGCACAGCUCACAGCCGCGCGCAGGGAGCUGGAGUCCCUCUAUCAGGAACGGCAGCAGCUCCAUACAGACCAUGCUCAGCAAGCGGCUGUGGCACGGGAAGAGACCGCUGCAAGGCUGGCUGCCGCCCACCAGGAGACCAACUCCCUGCGAGUGCGUCUCACCGAAGAACAGGCCGACCAGCAGCGCCUGCGCGCGGAGCUGCAGGCAGCAGAACAGGAAGCGCGUGCCGCGAAGGAACACUUGGCUGCAGCCCAGGCGACCCAUGGGUCGUUGGAGGUAGACCUGGAGGACCUCCAGCAGCAGCUCCUCGAGGCGCGCGACGCCCGUGUGGAGGUACAGUCGCAGCUAGCGGGGACAGAAUGCGAAAAGGCCGUCUUGGCAGAGCGGGCACGGCAGCUACGGCUGGAGUUGAACGAGCAGGCCGCCCUUGCACAGCAGGCAGAAGCCCGCGCUGUGAAGGCGGAUGCGGAUUUGGAAGAGGUUCAGCGCCAGCUGUUGACUGCACGGGGCGAGCUGGGCAAGCUGGCGGAAGCCCUGGCCACUGCGGAGGCCACCUUGAGCGAGCGGGAGGCGGAGCUGCAGCGGCUCUGGGAGGAGUUGAAGUCCCUGGAGGGAACGCACUUGCAGGUGCGCGAGGAGGCGCAGGCCCGGAGGGUGGAGGCUGAGGCCGCCGCCUUAGCAUGUGCAGGGGCGGAGGCGAGGGCGAAAGCGGCUGAGUCGGCGUGUGCGGAGACGGAAGCGAGGGCAGAGGCAGCAGAGGCGGCGUGCGUGGAGGCGGAGGCGGCGCUGUUCGUCGAACGCAGCAAGGCGGCGGACCUGGAGGCGGAGAUGCAGGUGGCCACACGGCGGAUGGUGGAGCUGCAGAAGGUGGUAGAGGCUAAGCCCGGCGCUGCUGCGGCUUCCGCGCCCGGGGGCCCCCUUGAAGAAGCGGUGCGAGCAGCGUGUGAGCGCUGCCAGCGGCGGUUGCUGUGCAGCGCAGCGGAGGUAGUGGCCUCGUGCGCGGCGGCCGUAGCAUUGCUGCCACCGCGGUUGGACGAGCGAGGGCCGUCUGACGGCUACUGCGCCGCCCAAUCAGAGCUGCAGGGCGACGAUGGGGCCUCAGCACCCGCCUCUAAACCACAAAGUACGCUGGUGGACGUUAGGAACGGCUGGACGGGUUUCAGAAACCGCCCCAACCGCCAGGUCGCCGCGACGAGCCAAGACAAGCCGGCAGACAUCCGUCGUCGCCACGAAGACGCGGGGGAGCUCAUCGUCGCCCUGCAGCGGGACCUGGAGGACGUGCGCGACAGGUGUACAGGGCUGGAGGCGCAGCUGCUCGCAAGGGAAGGCGAGUUGGCAGCCGUGCGCCGCGAGCGCGAGGAUGCGCUGCUUCAGGUGCAGCUCCUGGGGGACGUGGCGCGGCACCGGAAGGAGGAGGCCUGCGGCUCCGGCUUGGUUGCCAGUGGUGCGGUGGCGGGACACAACUCCCCCGCGGCCGACGGCGAGGGGCCCCUUAGUGCCAUCGUUGUAGGCAGUGGAGGCGGCACCGGCGGCGGCGGCGGCGGGAGCUCCGGGGGGGGUAUGCAAGUUGCCGUACAGCUGCUUGAGCUGCGCUAUGCGAUGCAGAAGGUGGAGCAUGCGGCGGAAGAGCUGGCGGCUGCGCUGCUUGCCACGGAACGAGGCAACGGGUCAGCCCCCAUCACGAACACCUUCUCAACACCCGCGAGGACCGACGCGUGCGGCUCAACCGGGGGCGGCGGCGGCGGCGGCUGUGGUGGCCGGCUUGGCGACGCGGCUGCUGAUGAGGCCGCCCUUCACGCGCAAGCCUGGCUGGCGGACAGCCUGGUCGAGCUCACCAGGCAGGCCGGGUCGGUGGCCGAGCAGCUGGAGGGCUGCCUGGAAGCGGCUCUGCCCUCUCACGGCGCGAGGCCAGCAGCGGUGGUGGAGGCCGCAGAUCAGGUAACUGCUCAUCGGGUGGAGUGGGGAGUGGGCAAGGCAGCUGGAGGAGGGAAGGAGGAGGAGGAGGGCGAGGGAGAUAUCGGGCAUCGACGUGGCCCUCUAACGUCACUGGCUAUCCGGGUGCUGGAGGCCGAGCUGGGGGAGCUGCGGCGGCAGUUCGAGGAGGCGCAGCAGCGGGCGGCGCAGGCAAUGGAGCAGCAACACGUGCAGCACCUGGAGGAGUGUGUGGUCCUCCGAGCCGAUGCCAGCCAGUACCGGCAGCUGGUGCAGCGCAUGCGGGAGGAGCUCGUGGCUCUGGACCGGGCAAGACAGAUGGACAAACUCAUGGAACUCAGCGAGCGACGGGAGCAGGCAGAGGAGGCGCAGCUCCACGCCGAGUCACAACAGCGCAUCGCCCUUCAGCUGGCUGAGCGGUGUCGGGAGCAGGAGGUCGUCAUCGAGGAGCUGCGGCUGCAACUGGACCACAUGGCCGCCUCGGCGGCAACCGGCAACCAACACCAACACCAACAGCAACAUGAGGAGGUGGCGCGAGGCACCGGCACCACGAGCAGCUGCACCUCUGGGCCUGCCGGCCACCACAGCCGCCAGUUAGGCGGCCGCAGCUGCGGCGGCUACCGACCAGACCAGAUAUAUACCGACCAGAACUCCUGUCACCAUCACCACCAGGCGCACCACUGGCACCAGGAGCAGGCCUCAACUCGGGAUGAUGCAGACGGACAGUGGGAGAACGGAGCCCGCAGCCCCGCCCUGUCAAGCAACUAUCACGGGAACUGUUUCAGUGACUCCUCCAUGGGACAAACGUGUCCUUCUUCAUCUGACGGCUGCUGCUGCGGCGGCAGCGGCCCGGCCGACCCGUACCUGGGCACCCAACACGCGCUCAGCGCAACACGUCCGACGGUAAGCGAAACUGGGAUGUCGCAGACGACGGCGGCGGCGGUAGAGGAAGAGGUCAACAGCCGUGGAGAUGUCCACUUCUAUACGGCGCAGCCCUCGGCCGGCUCGUUGGGUGAGGACGAGGCGCGGCUAUGGUGCGAAAUGUUGCAGCUGAUGAAGCCCACGGAAGGCGGUGUCGUCAUCAGUGUGGGCGGCCGCAGCCGGGGUGUAAGCGGCGGCGGCGGCCUCCAGGCGGCCCAAGGCGCCGACACCGGGUCAACACCACCGCCGCCGCUGGCGCUAGUGCCGGGCUCAGGAGCCACAUCAGCCGGAGGCAAUCGCGGCGGCAGCGGCAGCGGGAGCGGCCUGCAGCUAGCGCAUGUGGUGCCGGGCUCUGCAGGCGGUAUGGCAGGCGAGUUGUGGUCGGUGGCGGCGGCGGGCGCAGCGUCCACACAGGGCCGUGCUGAGAUGCUGGCACGUGCGGUCUCUCACAUGUCCCUGCUGCACGCGCAGAACAACAAGCUGGCCCGGCUGCUCAAGGGGUUGGCGGCACGGCGCGGCGCGGCCCGGGGCGCGGGCGCAGUGGUGGAGGGCCUGACGGCACGUCUGCAGUUGAUGCAGGAGGAGAAUUCGGAGCUGUGGGAGAAGUACCACGCAGCGCAGCUGGCGCAGAAGACGGGCGAGCAGGCCAUGCGGAGGAUGGGGCAGGAGAACCGGCAGCUGCACACACAGCUGAUGGGGCUCAUCAGGGCACAGACAGGGGCCGUGCAGGUCCGCAGUACCGGUGCGAGUGGGGGCAGCGAUGACACAGCAGCUGAGCCCAUGGGGCAGUAA